CUCUCACCCGUCGUGGCAGUCGGUUACUCACCAAUUCACGUCCUCAACGUUUCAACGAUAUCGUCAAGAUAUCCUCAGAGGGGGGGGGGGGGUGACUUAGAGAGUCGAGCUUAAUAGCAAUCAAAGAAAUCGUGUGAAAACAAGUGAUAAUGGCAACUGACAUUAUCUAGUGCCAAUGCCACCAUCGUUUUGUAGACUUUCCAGCUGUUAUUCGGCACAACUGAAACUCACAAGCUGUUCAUUGGCGUUCACAACAUGGGCAAAAUAAAUUUCCAGUUCAUGGUGGUAGCAGUAGUAAGUGCGAUAAGCCUUAUCGUCUACAUAUUAACUACAGACUCAUUGACUGCGUACUUGCAGCCUCUGGCUAUUAUGAGUUAUCGAUUUAUAUUAGAUUCUGAACGUCUUCCUGGAGACUCGAAUCUUCCUUACGACGACUGGAUAAUGAAGAAUGUAUCAUCAGUGUCUGCGGACCUCAAGAGAAAACAGCCAGAAAAUAGAACUAAACUUUAUAAUCCUCCACUAAAGAAGAUUUUAUUUUGGAAUGACUUUUACGGAGAUAAGACCUUCGGGUUCGGAUUUGGUCGGGAACCGUUCUUGAGAGCCAAGUGUGCAGUCAACACCUGUAUAACUACGGCCAACCGAACCAUGUUCCCACUGGCAGAUAUAGAUGCCAUUGUGUGGCACGCAAGGAGUGGCGACAAAUCCUUCCCUGCAAAGCGGUCGCCCCACACUCGGUACAUCUUCUGGUUGUUGGAGUCUCCCAUUCACCUAUACCUCAACAGCGAAUCCUACACCAAUGUCUUCAACUGGACAUUCACCUAUAAACUAGAUUCUGAUAUUAAAAUUCCGUACGGCAGAGUGUACCGGCGCCGGAAGCCGUUGUUACCGAGUUACCGGAACUACGCGGUCGGUAAGAGCAAGCUGGCAGCCUGGGUCGUCUCUCACUGUGGAGCUAGUAGCGGCAGGGAUCACCUGUUCCGCACGUUGAAAAGAUGGCUGCCGAUAGACAUGUACGGUGGCUGUGGGCCGUUCAAGUGCAAGACUGGCUUUGGGGAUCCCAAUAAUUGCCACACGAUGCUCUCUGCAGACUACAAGUUUUACGUUGCCUUUGAAAAUUCUCUUUGUCAAGACUACGCCACGGAGAAGUUCUUCAAUGUGUUGAGGUUGGACAUGGUUCCUGUCGUCUACGGGUUUGGUAAUUACUCAGCUCAGGCGCCGCCACACUCCUACAUUGACGCUCUCAGCUUCCCCACAGCCAAGGCGCUGGCCGACUACCUCAUCUACCUCAACAACAAUGACACCGCCUACAAUGAGUACUUCAGAUGGAAGAGGUUUCAUCGGGUCCCAAUCGAGGGGAUAAAUUUUGUAAAAUCGUACUGUGACUUGUGUGAACGACUACACACCGACACCACUCCUAAAAUGUACAAUCUAACAAAGUGGUUCAUCGAAGACUCCCACUGUAAGACCUACCGAGACAAGGACAUCAGCGACUUCGUUAACGGAGUAAACAUAACCUCGUGAGUGAAACUUGGGUUGAGGCCUGUAAGUGUUGCCUCCCCUACAGUGGUGACAAGUUGUCGUCAUCCCCUGUACAACAUAGAAGCAGAAUUUUUCACUUGGUUCAGUUUCAACACAACUCAAAGACUCUCUCAGCGCAAGAGACAUAUAUUCAGUCUCUUUCUCAGGCAUUCCCUCAACUUACAAAUGAAAUGGAUUCCAAAAAGGAGAAAUAUGUUGGUCAUUCAUAAACCAAAACUAGAUUAUCUAAGCGCAACGUUAUAAAUACAGAAUGUACGCCCAGACCACCAGAAAUCCAGUAUAUUAAACCCACUUUGAGAACAAAUAACAAACAUGUAUGUUUAUAAGUUGGGGAUGCCUUUAUUAUAUGAUAUUACAGUAGUACAUAUUAUUAGAAUUUUAUACUGAAUUUUACAGAUUUUUUUAUGACUAUGGAAUUUUAUAUUAGAAUAUAUAUAUUGUACAGGUACUGUAGUUGACUCUCGGCAUUAUACUAGCAGGUAAUUUAAUGCGAACUGCUUUUGUAUGCCUCUAUGCAAGGACAAUUUUUAGAUCAACAACCUGUAUUACUGUCAAACUUCAAUAAUAUACAAGUUUGCUUGGCAAAAAUUCUUAAAUCUUGCAUUGUAUGGCUAGUCACUUCAAUAUUUAAUACAGUGCCAUUAUUAAAACUGAAGAUUUUUUUGUGUAGUAAAGCCAUUUUGCCUAUUUUCAAAAUGAAUGCAAUUAUGUUUUUCAUUUUAAAUUGAAUAAAAUAUAAGUGUCUUCUGAAGUUAGUCUGGCAUUCUCUUUUUAUUAUACAUAAACCUAGCAGUAUACCCAGCAUCUCGGUCAAUUCAUGUAUAUAACUGCAUUUAAUGUAGGCGUAAUGUGAUCAAGGAUAAAGUAUGCUUGCUGGUUGGUUGGUAUGUAAUGACUUGGAUAGCUUCCCAGAGGUUAAUAGGUCUAAAAGCCUUAAACACAAACUAUAUCUUACGAACUGUACAGUGUAUAAAUAAACCUUAUACUGGUACUAUAUUUUACA